AUCCAACUGCGGUUCACUGAGACGCGCGGAACAAGUGCAAAUUACGUAGUCUGUCGGUACGGACUCUCUCUCGACUUCUAUAGAGCUAAAGGAAUAGGAACCAACAGCACUCUGAUUCCACGAAUCAUUGACCACGACGUGAGCUUCAUUGUUCCAAGAUGGCUGCCAGCAGUGGCGCAGCGAACAGCUCUCGUUGCUUGUCACACUUGCUUUCCAACGUCUUUCCGAGUUCCGCGGCGAAUUUGCUGCCCUCAAACAGGUCUCCAGGACCAGGCACGCACCAGAGUGAGGAGCCCGCCUACAACACUGCAAAUCCAAAUGCCCAACCGACAAGAAGGUUUGUGUACAAUGAGCAGCUUGCCUUGGAGCCGGUGGAAAGCAACUUGCUCCGCGUCUCCCCCCUGGAUGGCCGCUACGCGAGAAAUAACAAGCAGGUUUCGGAGUAUUUCUCCGAAAUGGCGUUCAUCAAGUACCGAGUGCGGGUCGAAGUGGAAUAUUUCUUGGGACUGGCGAAGAUUCUGCCGCAGUUGAAGAACACUGUCUCGGAAACGAAGCUGAAAGAGUGUAUUAUAGGAUGUGUAACAUAAAUUUUGUUCUGUCGCUUGCAUAAACACAGUUUUUGCGUGUGUGCCUAUGGUGGCAACGAGAAUGAAUACACCAAAAAGCUGCGUCAUGCAAUUAUAGACAUGCGUGGCGUUCACGCUCUAGGAGGUCGCCAUGCUGCAAACUACAUCAAGCCACACUCGUUCCGCAUAACUACAGGUCGUCGCAUCUACGAGGAUUUUACGGUACAAGACGCGGCCAAGGUGAAGAAGACGGAGCAGGUGACAAACCACGACGUGAAGGCGAUUGAGUAUUUCGUGAAGGAGAAGCUGGAGGAGAUUGGUUUGGCGAAGCAGGUGGAGUUUGUGCAUUUCGGGCUCACGUCCGAGGACGUCAACUGUACCGCAAACCCGUUGGCGUUGAAGGAAUUUCUGCAGGAAAUCUACGUGACAAAACUCCGAGACGACGUGGUUGCGCCGCUGAGACAAUUGGCCGAGGCGACUGCGGAGGUAGCUACGAAGCCGAGGUUUCUAUGCAUCGUUGGUGUCUAGGUAGAGGAGUACACCAAUAGUAGUAAGUACUAGAAGAGGGUAUACACAACUUCUUCUAAAUCUACUCCACAGGUUCCGAUGCUCGCACGCACGCACGGGCAGCCGGCGACGCCAACGAAACUGGGGAAAGAGAUCAUGGUCUUUGUGGAGAGGUUGGAGCGUCAGAUGAAGCAGUUGGAAACCAUUCCUUUCACGGGAAAAUUCGGCGGUGCGACCGGGGGCCUGAACGCGCACGCUGUUGCGUAAUUACAGUGUUUUCAUACAUAUGUAUGGUAUGACAUAGACACCACGUGACUUGUCCUUGCACAGGCGGGAGUCUGUGUCACGCGGAAAUAUUAGGCACGAUAACGAUAAGGGAGCUGUAGUGAAUUUCUCCGCAGCUGCUGCAAACUAAAUUUUACUUGCGCACGGAGAGUGUAUUAACUCCGAUUGGGUGGUAGUUCCUUCUGAAUACUACAGGUACCGCGACAUUGACUGGGUUUCCUACAUGAACGACUGGUAUUACAAGGCUUUCGAUCUUCGCCGUCAGCAGUUCACCACCCAAAUCGAGCACUACGACGACACCGCGGCGUGCUUCGACUGCUGCCGUCGCAUCAACACCAUUCUGCUGGACUGCUGCAAGGACAUCUGGCAGUACAUUGCUUACGAGUACUUUAAGCAGAAGGUGAUGAAGAACGAGAUUGGGUCGUCCGCGAUGCCGCACAAGGUAAACCCCAUCGAUUUCGAAAACGCGGAGGGAAACUUCGGCAUCGCCAACGCGCUGUUUGAGCACAUGGCGGACAAGCUGCCGAUCUCCCGCCUGCAGCGGGACCUGACGGACAGCACGGUCCGGCGGAACUACGGCGUGCCCUUCGGCCACACGCUGGUGGCUUUCGCGAGCUUGAAGCGCGGGCUGGGCAAGCUGAAAUUGAACGAAUCAAAGAUCAACGACGACUUGGACGCGAACUGGGCCGUCGUCGCGGAAGCAGUGCAGACGAUCUUGCGCCGGGAGGGCUUUGAGAAGCCCUACGAGGCGCUGAAGCAGUUCACACGGGGUAAGGAAAUCAACCGUGAUUUGAUGCGGGGCUUCAUCAACUCCCUGCAGAUUCGGCCCGAAGUGAAGGCGGAGAUGUUGGCGAUCACACCACAAGAAUUCGCGAGGCUUGGCCAGCUGUAUGAGAAGUAAACAACGUUUAGACGUACGGCAGCGCCGUUUGGUCGGCCUUUUUGGUUUGCAAGUUUGAAGGAAACUACUUGUGCGGCAGCGUUGGUUUCAAUCACGCAGCGCCGUAGUACGCACUGCAACUAUCGGCACUGAUGCGGGUUUCUUUGAUGCAAAAUUUGCGUUUGGCUUUGGAGUUGCGUCGUGUUGCAUGAGGAAUUUGUAGCAAUACUGGAAAGAAUUUUGCAAAUUUUGCACAGAAGUUGCGGAUAGCGUUUGUCGAUUCAUACGUGGCCGAGGACCUUGUGA